GCUUUGGGGCUAAAUUUGGCGGGAGUAGCCCUAAAAUCCCAAAAUUUACUCGCACAUUCGGAAACCUAACUCGCACUCCAUUUCACAAUCACGAUCUUCUCUUGCUCAAUUUCACCCAAAAAUUUAACGCCAUAAAUAACCUACGAUAACAAUCAUACAACUUUUCUAAUCUCUCUCUGUCUUGGGUUUGUAAUUAGGACUCUGUUGCAAGUAAAAUGACGGACGUGUUUGAUGAUGAGGUUGAGGGUGAGGCCACUAUUUCGAUGAAAGAUUACCUGGAAGCUGUUGAAGAAGAGGAACUGGAAGCGGAUUUGGUCCUUGGUGGUGAUGAAGGCAAGGAGUGCACCUAUAGCAAAGGAUAUAUGAAGAGGCAGGCAAUCUUCUCUUGCCUGACCUGCACACCUGAUGGAAAUGCUGGGGUUUGCACUGCCUGUUGCUUGUCUUGCCACGAGGGACAUGAGAUUGUGGAACUAUGGACCAAAAGAAAUUUUAAGUGUGAUUGUGGGAAUUCAAAAUUUGGCGAGUUCUUUUGCAAGCUUCUGGCAGGCAAGGAUGCGGAAAACUCACACAAUGUUUACAAUCAUAACUUCAAAGGUACUUACUGUACAUGCAACCUGCCCUACCCUGAUCCUAAUGCUGAGGAACAAGUGGAGAUGAUUCAGUGCUGUAUUUGUGAGGACUGGUUUCAUGAGGAACAUAUUGGACUGUCAUCUACUGAUAAGAUCCCAAGAGAUGAAGAUGGCGAGCAUCUAUUUGAGGAUUUUAUCUGCGAAGAUUGUGCUGUAGCCUGUUCCUUUUUGGCUCACUAUCCUCAGAAUAUUUCAGCUACAUAUCCUUCUGGGGAGGAUGGUGCUGUUCUUGAAAGUGAUCCUCCCUUUACAUCAUCAGUGAAACUCGAGAAGGAAAACUGUUCAAUUGUCUCUGUCGAAGGUAAUGCUAAUGCAGAAACUAUACCAGCUGUAGCUAAACCAGACACCAAAGUUAAAGAAUGCACUGAAGUUGCCAGACCAAGUAGCAAGUGCAUUAUCGGAAUUGAUCUUGCUCGAAUUUCUCCAACUAUGGAUAAAGCCAAACCCAUAUUUCUUCAUAAAAACUGGCGAGAAUCCCUUUGUGUAUGUGAAAAAUGUUCUGACUUCUACGCCAAGAAGGGAAUCGGAUUCAUAACUGACAAAGAGGAUUCAAUUGCUGAGUAUGAGAGAAUGGCAAAGCAAAAAAGGGACGAGAAUCUGCAGAAACAAGAGGGUGCUGAAAUGAACUUUCUCAAUAAUCUUAACCAUGUCGCGAAGAUAGAAAUAUUGAGUGGAAUUGCCGACAUGAAGAAUGAAUUCGCGUCCUUCCUGGAAUCCAUCGACCAGUCAAAGCCCAUCACAGCUGCAGAUAUUCAGCAGGUCUUCGAAAACCUUGCCAAUAAGAGAAAACGUACAUUUUAAGGUAUGCAAUGCUAUUAUGUAACGAGCUUUUUGAACUUACCAUGCUUCCUGUUUGAUGUAUGUGAUAGCUUUAUGUCUGGGGACGAGCUUGUAAUUAUCAGACACCUCUUUGCAACCUUGGUUUAGUGUAUGUGAGCACUUGCAAGGAUUUCCUUUGUGCUUUUUGCUGUUCAAUGUGCAAUGUUCAUCGGAAUGCAAGGAUUUGUCUGUUUUCUCU